UUUUUCCCUUCUUGUUUGAUACAGGAAUAGAAUUCUCAUGAAUUGCUCUUCCGUCCCUCUCGCUCUCUCUCUCUCUCUCUUUCUUUCUUUACCUUCUAUUUAAUUUAUUAAUAUAUAUAUAUGAAUGUUAUUCAAAAGACAAAGACUUACCUUAAGACAUUGGGUAAAUUUAUCGGCCCUGGAUUCAUGAUUGCUGUUGGCUAUUUGGAUCCGGGUAAUUGGGCAACAGAUAUGGAAGGUGGAUCUUCCUAUGGUUACCGACUUUUAUUCAUCAUUUUAAUCUCGAAUGUGAUUGCGGUGUUUUUACAAAAUUUAACGAUUCGACUUGGCACAGUUUCAGGUUUAGAUCUUGCCUCUGCUUCCAAAAAAUUCUUUCCCCGUUGGCUAAAUUUGUUCCUGUACGUGUUGGCAGAAAUAGCCAUUAUCGCCACGGAUAUUGCGGAAGUCAUUGGUUCCGCUAUUGCUCUCAACUUGCUCUUUCCUUCUUUACCUUUACCGGCAGGUGUAGCCAUCACUGCCGCUGACGUCUUCAUCAUCUUGUUGUUCUAUACCGAAGAAACAGAUGACCCUGAAAACCCAAACUCCGAUAGUGCCUCAUUGAAAAUGGUGCGUUGUUUCGAAGUCUUUGUCAUGAUGUUGGUAGCAGCCGUCGGUAUUUGUUUCAUUAUAGAAUUAUCUUAUUCAGAUAUAGUCACCGUAGAUGUCUUUAAGGGCUUUUUACCUACCAAAGAAAUUUUCACUCAACCCGAUAUUCUUUAUGUCGCCAUUGGAAUCAUUGGUGCUACCGUUAUGCCACAUAACCUCUACCUUCAUAGUUUCAUUGUACAAGCAAGAUGUCGUGAAUGGAGAUACAACAGACCAAGAGUUGUCCAAUCCGAUGACACUUGGUUAAUUAAAUCCAUUGAACGUAUACCAACACCUACACCCAUAACAGACAACGAGAAAAACCACACCACUGUUCAUGUAGAACCUCAUUCGGGUAUCAAUUUUGACAGACUCACAACCUACCUAGACAAAUCCUUAAAACGUAAUUUACAUUACGGGUUUAUUGACUUGAUUGUUGCACUUUCCUUUGCUUUUUUCGUGAAUUGUGCUAUCUUGAUUGUCGCUUCGGCUAAUUUCUUUUACGGUCCUGACAAUCAACAACAACAAGUACAAGAUUUAUUCAGCGCUCAUGCUCUUCUGAUGCAAUACUUGGGUCCCCCCGCCGCUGUUGUAUUUGCCUUGGCCUUGUUAUGUGCAGGUCAAUCCAGUACAUUAACAGCCACUUUGGCAGGUCAAGUCAUCAUGAGCGGGUUUCUCGGCAUGACCACAAAGCCAUGGAUUCGUCGUGUGCUGACACGCUCCAUAGCAAUUAUUCCCGCUAUGGUCGCAGCCUGUGUCACCGGACGAGAAGGUCUCAGUAGCAUGUUGGUCGGUAGUCAAGUCGCUCUCAGCAUCCAAUUACCCUUUGCCGUUGUACCGUUGGUUUAUUUCACAGCCAGAAAAUCCGCCAUGAAACUGGAUCUGGUCGUACAAGUCAAGAGUUUAGAAAAUGAACCCAUUAAAGUCACCGAACAAUCUCAAAUGUCCUUUAUCGAUCGUACCGUAGCUCGCUGUCGAUUUUCAAAUACCAAAUCUGAUUGGCUCUCUUUCCCUCAAUUCAGCAAAAUGAAUAAGGAACUUAAGAAACCUCAAGCGAGCUUAAAGACAAGUGAGACUCCUUCACCUUCUAGCUUGUCUGAAGAAGAAGAAGAAGUCAAGGUGUAUGAAGAAAUGGAUAGCUGGCCUACACCAUUGUUCUAUGCUAAUAGUUUGAUAUCCAAUAUAUUUGCUGUCUUGAUUGCUUUAUUAUUAAUCGGUUUAAAUGGUUACUUAGUUGUAAGCUUGUUCAUGUCCAUCUAAACCCAAGGAAAACACAUUUGUAUGAUACCCUUCUACUUUAUAAAAAAAAAAAAAAUUACACGGGACUGCAUCUAAAUCUCCCCACCCCCAACUCUUUUUCUCAAAAAUAAAACUGCAUUAUUAAUAAAAUAGAACCCCCCCCCCCUUUUUUUUUUCUUCUUCA